AUGUCUCCUCUAGAGAUGGCUCAAUAUCUCGACCACCUCCACGUGCUUCUGAUCCUGCUCCACGCGUCGCAAGCGGAGGCUCGUAUUCUAACCUCACAAGUCCAAGCACUGCUGGCUUUAUGUCUGACGCAGAGACGGAUAUUCUCGACGAGGCUGAUGUACGGACCGUACAAGCUUCUCGACGUAAAGAGCGGAAAGAAUGGGACAAAUAGCGUCGACAAGAAAGACGUUCUCGCGUCAAUCACUGAGCAACCUCGCGAAGGUUUGGGAUUAAAACCGAGGGGGAAUCCGCAGCCUAGUAUGAGAGACUGGCGAGCCCUUGCGAGCCCUGCAGGUGGUACUGGCAGUGGUGAUAGUGGACCUGUGUCCGCUCGAACGAGUUUCACGACGCAACGUCUUACACGACGAGGUGCGGAUGAAUUCGGUGCCGCGCGUAUCGGAUUAGUGAGCUCAAACGCAGCGCGUGAUGCUACCAGCAGCAUGGGUAGCCGUUCGGACUCUGGACCUGCGAUUGGUUCUGUGGGCGUCACUACCUCAGGACGAGGAUUUGCUCUAGCGAGUUCGGAUGAACUGACAAGUGCCGUGCAUGCGUCGAGUUGGGAGAUAUCGCAGACGAGUACGUACACGAUUAUGGAUACGGAGGGAACGCGCGAGGUGAAUAUGAUGAUGCGGGCGGGGUAUCAGACUGCUUCGGAAGCGGGAGCGCGCAAGGGGACUACACCUUGUAUACGGGAAUGGGAACAGUCGAAUGUAUACAAGCGGCGGCAUAUGUGGUUAUCGAACGAUGGCGACGACGUAGUACGGCUUGUCGGUGCAGGAGGUAUACUAUCGCACCCUGUGUCGGGACCUUCCUCGCCGAAUAGUCUCUCUGGCGUGUCUAUUGGCACGGGUCUUGGUGUCCCUUCUGGUAGUCUUUCUUUACCUGGGGUUAUGGCUGAAGUUGUGCCACCCACCACCCACCCCUGGAUCUUCAGGCGCUCAGGUGGCCGUCCCGCAUCGGCAGGAAGCACUCUUCCACUCUUGCAGACACAAUUCCAGGAUCCGAGAAGAAGAUGCGGAGCAAGCGUAGGCAGUCGGCAUACGCACCACCGUCAUUAUCCACACGUUAUCUCGAGCCGAUUGGCGCAAACUCCGCUGAACGUCGACCGGGACGAGCCGUUCGAGUUCGCACUUAACGAAGAUUCAGGGGGCGUCCAUGUAAGUCGGAACACUAGUAGUGUGGAUAAUAUCAGGAGGAACACGAAUGCGACUGAUGAUUCUUCGGUGUCGGGAGUACUAAUAUUCGGACAAGGAUCGACGAGUCUUAAGGUAGACGACGAAGUACCGGAUGUCGAUGUGUUUGAGGAAGAUGAUUCGGGCAGCGAGGAAGAUGGCCAGCUUAUUGUACGUCGAAGACGGCCGUCUGAACAUCUUGCUUGUUCGCAAUCCCGUGUCCGACCGGAGACUACUCAACCACUGAUUCCUAGUGUUGAAGACGACACUGAGGCUUGCUAG